CCAUGCCUGAACAGUUUGAUUUAUAUGUACCCAAAGGAUUUGACAGCACAUACAGGGGGAUCAAGAGGAAUGAUGUACCUGAUGACAGAUUAUGUAUUUAUAAUAACCACCUGCUCACGCAUUACUUCGUGGGAGUUUUCGUAUUCGAGGUCUGGAUGGAUAGAUUUUAUGGUGUGGAGACCUUCUGGAAAUAACUAUAAGCUUGUUGCUUACAACACAAUUUACGUUGAAGGUGUUAAUUCAACGGUGUACACCGUUGUGGAAUACGAAAGGAUAGCUGUUCUUGAAAAUGACGUCAUCGGAUGGCGCUCACUCGCUGACAACGAUGGCGGUAAUAUCAUCACAAAUGGAGACUGCUUAGAUGAGUGUGCUAUUGGAUACCAGGCUUACUCGGCCCAAACUUUACAGAGAGGGGACGUAUUUGAUUGGAAAACGUCAGGAAACAUAAUAAAUACUACAGCUUAUGCUAUUAAAGCUUGCCUUGAGGACAAUACAAUUAUAUCCUUUAACAACCCCAAUCAAUCGGCGGAAAUCCCAGACCACUUACCCCCAGGUUCUUUUGUGAUGGUGCUGGAGGUGGGAGGGGCGGACUACGCAGAAAACGUGACAUAUACCGUCAUGCAACACCCCUCCUCUACUUCCUCUGCCGCGUUUUUCGUGGUGGAUGAAAUAGCUCAAGUAACAGUCGCCAAAAAGAUGCCGAGGGCCACUGAAAAAAAGGACUAUCUGUUACUGGUAGAAGCAAAGGAUGCGUGUAAUACAAGUGCCACAGUGACACUUUCCAUAGAAUCACAGAAUAUGCCUCCAGAAAUACUAGAUCUGCCGAAUUCUAUGUCUGUAGCCGAGGAGACGGGUGGAGAAACUGUUCUCUACUCCACCAUUGUGGAAGAUCCUUCGGGGGAUGAAGUUUGUUGUCUGCUAGAGACUGUAUUACCAAGUUCAACGAAUUUUAACGUCACUGGAAACUCGACAGCUGGUUCAUCACGUGGUAUCUUUUCCAUUUUGACCACUGAAAAUCCCGCCUUUUCUUACAAAGACAUUAACUCUUAUAUUGUAAAAUUAUGUUGUGACGAUAGUGCAGAUAAAACUACGGGGAUAUUACUAGUCAAUGUGAAGAAACCGGUAAAAGAAGCUGGAUAUGAACCACCAAAUUGGUUUAUGUUGUCCGUGGCGAUGUCAUGCAUUCCUGUCUUCGUUAUGGGAUUUUGUGCAUGCUUUGUGCUAAUUCACACAAUGUUUGUGGUAGGAUAAUACACAUUCGUGGUGAUAAAUUUCGUUAUACUCAUUAUAUAUUUUCUCAUAUGAAAAGUAUGCAUCGAUAGUGUUCAUCUGAUACAAGAAAAAUAGUUAUAAUCUACGACAGAUUGUCUGUCGUUUAAUUACCGUGUUUCCAAGUGCUUCAUAAUU